AUGACGAGGUCAGCCGACCAACCGAUCUUUGUCGAUCAAUCGGAACUUUUCAAAUCGGUUGCCACGUCGAUUGAGCAAAAGCACAUCAGAAGACACAAUGAGAAGCCGGGUGAGACGGGCCCAUUGACUUCCGGAGGAACAGCGGGGUUUCAGGAGUUUCCCGCCGCGAUGAGAACCGUCCGUCGGCAACGUUCACCGCCAUCUCCAAUAUAAUCAUUCCGCUCGCCUCCGAAUUGUUCCUCUUCCGGAAAAUGCUCGACGAGCAGGCCCAGGAUUACAUAUUUGCGACGCCUUCUUACUCGAAAAUGAGUUCGGAAGAGCGCGAAGAAUUCGACGCUGACGUCAAAGAGGUGCGUUACAUUCAUUGCUUAGCUAUUUAUUAGAAGAAUCGUUCAAAGCAAUUUCCAGAGAUUGGCUCAAUUCGAAACGUUCAUCAAUCAACUCGGCCAUCGGGUGAACAGUAGUGACGGAUUGCGAAAUGCGACGGAGAGAAGUCAUCUGACGAGAGUGCACGACGGACUGCGCACCUAUUUGAAAGAAGCCGUCGACUUUGUAUCCGUUUUGAAGUAGGGGAACUAAUACAACCAAAAGGGAAAAAAGUUGCAUUUCAGGAAAGAGCAUCUGAAAAGACUGCAGGCCAAGAGCCGCUCGCUUGCCGAUCAAGUGAAAGCGGCGGAGAAGGACGGACACGUGUUCAUGUACCACUACGGACUGGACGGACUGCUCACGCAAUCCGAGCUUCAGUUCAGUGGUAUCAGAUUUAUUCAUUUUCCUAAAAAUGUAAUAUAUUUCAGCUAAACUGGGCAAAAAGUUGGAUGAGCUGAGAGCAAAACAUAGUUGCGUUCAGUUUACACUCAAAAGAUCGGAAUCCGAGGAAAGAGACUACGAUCUGAUGGAAGAUGCGAAAAAUCCGUCGAAAGAGGAAAACAAGGAAGAGGGAUGGGAUGCAUUUGACGAUCUGGAGUUGGAGGAAGUGCCGGAAGUGCGAAAGCCGGUGCUCGAGAGUCGUGCGUCGCCGAUUCUGUUCAACGAGACCGUCCGGAACAGAAGACGUGUCACUGGAUUCGAUCCAGUUCAAGAUGAGAUCAGAGACAGUUACGAGCGAUGGAAAGAAGAGCAAGGGGCUCAGUUCACGGAGCGCUUCCAGCAGCAGACGGCGAUCAUGAAGGAGGAGUUCGUGAAAUCCGACAGGGACGAUGAAAUCGAGAAGCUCGAGCAGCAGAUCUGCGAGAUUCAGUCACUAUCUACGGUCUUCUCUGAAAAGUUAGUAAUCCUGAUGAGAAACUAUAGAAAACAAUGCUUUUUUCAGAUCAUGGACCAGGAAAGGGACAUCGACCUCAUCAACGACCUGGCUAUCCACACGACGGAGAACUUGGUGGACGGGAACGAGUGGAUUCGGAAGGCCAUCACGAAUGCCGCCUUCUGCCGGGUCAUCCUUCUCUUCUGUAUCAUCGUUCUCAGCUUCACGCUCCUCUUCCUCGACUGGUACAAUCCAUAA